UCGUGCAAUGUUAGUGCUAUUUGCAGUAGCCAUCGGAGUAUUAAGCUUCACCAACGCCCACCGAUACAAUCUCGAGUUUGAAGAUGAUGAGUUAUUCAGCGAUUGCUCAAAUCAACCGGAGAGUGUACUCAAUAUUCAUGGUCUCUUUAAUUUGACAGAGUGGACCAUAGAACGGCCACAGGAUAAUUUAAAAUGUUCGGGAAAUUUUACUACGGUAUGGAAUAUUCAGAAAACGGAUCGCAUACAGGCUAGUUUAGAUCUUUUUAGAUAUGAACGCCGAGAGUGGGUACCAACUCUUUAUAGGAUCAAAACACCUCAUUUAUGUUCAAUACUGUUUGAUAAGAAUCAAUAUUGGUAUCCAAUCUGGAUACAACAUGUAACGAAUAUCGAGGAAGUAAAGGACAAGUGUCUUAAUGUUCCUGGGACGAAGUACAUACAUGAAACCUUCGAUAUGCAUCUUGAAAUCGAAAAUAAAAUGGGAAAUAUAGAUGGACAACAUAAACUACAAUUUGAGCUAAAAGCAUUUGAUCAGUUCGAGAGGAUGCGUCCAACUUCCAUAUGUUUUGCAAUGAUAAUAAACUAUGUAAGACUAUCCCAAAAGUCCCGAAAAUAAACAACUAGCAUAUAUUAAAAAACGCACACACCUAUGUACUAUAUGUAUAUACAAAUUCAUGAAUAAAUGUUGAUUGUGCAACUAAUAAUAAAACC